AUGCCACCAAAGAAAAAGAAGGGUUCCACUGACGUGCCGGCCAGCUCGAGAAGCACAAGCAGUCGGCAGCCCGCGAGACCUCGCCGAACGCCAAAGGUUGCGGACAAAGUCGAUGAAGUCCCUCGUGAACCUCACCCGCUCGAUGAACUAUGCGCUCGACGCGACCACGUGCACCACGACGAUCAACUGGUGCAGACGUGGUUCGAUUGCUUGAUUGAGGACCUCGACCCGAAUCUCUUGGACGAGCCCAUCCAGAAUUUGCUGGUGCGACCACUGGACAAGCUGGCCCCACGAACGCGAGAGUUGAAAACGCGGAAGCUGGGCGCAGACAUCGACGCGUGCACCCACUCCGGCGAAUACACGACGGCUGAAGAUCCGCUGACCACCGAGUACUUCCACUGGAUGCUCCAAACUAUACCUGAGGAAUAUCACGACGAGGCGCUCUCCGAGCUGAUGGGCGACGACCUACGAAGGCUGCUGCUGCCCAAAGCCGCC